UCUCAGCACGGCACUCAUCUCUUCACUCCACCUCAAAGUUCAUCUCAAAGGCUGACUGUAAAACGGAGGCGCCAUUUCUGUGAAUGAGAUUGUUUUCGCAAGUGCAGAUGCGGAAGCUGUUACCACCAAAAUAUUUAGGAAACUGGUGAAAGGAAACAGUCGAGCGUAGGAACAGGUUCAAGCACUCGGCUCUGGCUGCGCCCUGAGCUGUGUCCUUGCCACGAUGCAGCGCUCCCAAGAAGAUCUGACUGCACCCGCAGAAGAAGAUGAUUCCUUUGGGGAAGGAAUAUCUCCGAGGCUCCCUGAAAUCAUGUCAAUAGGAUCACACUCAUUCUCCCCAGGAGGUCCUAAUGGGAUUAUUAGAAGCCAGUCCUUUGCUGGCUUCAGCGGGCUUCAGGAAAGAAGGUCCAGGUGUAACUCCUUUAUUGAAAAUUCCUCUGCGCUCAAGAAGCCCCAAGCAAAGGUGAAGAAAAUGCAUAAUUUGGGCCAUAAGAACAGCAACACGCCCAAAGAACCCCAGCCUAAAAGGAUGGAGGAGGUGUACCGAGCCCUGAAGAGUGGCCUGAAUGAGUAUCUGGAGGUUCACCAGACAGAGCUGGAUAAGCUGACUACCCAGUUAAAAGACAUGAAAAGGAACUCACGCCUGGGAGUCCUGUACGAUUUAGAUAAGCAAAUCAAAGCGGUUGAGAGAUACAUGAGAAGGCUGGAGUUCCACAUUAGCAAGGUGGAUGAGCUUUAUGAAGCCUAUUGUAUCCAAAGGCGUCUCUGUGAUGGUGCCAGCAAAAUGAAGCAAGCUUUUGCAAUGUCUCCUGCAAGCAAGGCAGCAAGAGAGAGUUUGACCGAAAUCAACAGGAGCUACAAGGAGUACACAGAGAACAUGUGUACCAUAGAAGCAGAGCUGGAAAGCCUAUUGGGGGAGUUUUGCAUCAAGAUGAAAGGUCUGGCUGGCUUUGCUCGGCUCUGCCCAGGAGAUCAAUAUGAGAUUUUCAUGCGUUACGGCCGUCAGCGAUGGAAACUGAAAGGCAAAAUAGAAGUGAAUGGCAAGCAAAGCUGGGAUGGAGAAGAGAUGGUUUUCCUCCCUCUCAUUGUUGGACUGAUCUCCAUUAAGGUCACAGAAGUUAAAGGGCUUGCUACUCAUAUCCUUGUGGGAAGUGUAACCUGUGAGACAAAAGAUUUGUUUGCAGCUCGGCCUCAGGCGGUUGCAGUAGACAUUAAUGACCUUGGCACAGUAAAGCUGAACCUUGAGAUCACCUGGUACCCCUUUGAUGUUGAAGACUUAACCCCAUCCACAGGAAAUGUGAGCAAGGCAUCUGCUCUCCAGAGGAGAAUGUCCAUGUAUAGCCAAGGCACUCCUGAAACACCAACCUUCAAGGACCACUCAUUCUUUAAAUGGCUGCAUCCCCUGCAAGACAGGCCAAAGUUGGCAAUCUUAGAUGCUCUUCAAGACACUUUCUUUGACAAGCUUCGUCGCAGUCGCUCUUUUAGUGACCUGCCAUCGCUCAGGCUAAGCCCGAAAGCAGGGCUAGAGCUAUAUUCGAAUUUGCCGGAUGAUGUAUUUGAAAAUGGGACAGCGGCCACUGAGAAGCGGCCUCUCUCCUUCACUUUUGGUGACCUGCCUUACGAAGACGCCAUGCCCCCUGCCAACUCAGCAGAGCCCCCGUGUGCUCAUGUCAGCUCCAGCCCUGACAUCACCGCCACCCCCACCCAGCACCGAGCCCUUGAGUCCUCCCAGAGCUCGGGCCUAGACUGUAGCAGCAGCAGCUCCCGCAGAGACUCUGUUGCUGAGCCAAAGGACCUGCCGUCCCACGGAGAGGGCGCCGUGGCUGAGAACAAGAACACCCCAAGGGCAGCUCCUGAAGUUUGCCAAAAAACCUCUGAUGCUGGGAGCGAUCGUGUCUUUGUAGAAAUGAGUGUCCCGGUGUCCCUCCUGCAGGACACGGAUGAAGGCUCAGAACUCAAGCCUGUGGAGCUGGAUACCUAUGAGGGCAACAUCACAAAGCAGCUGGUCAAAAGGCUUACAUCAGCAGAGACACCCCUGACCCCAGAGAGGCUGCCAUGUGAGGGAUCCAUUAGUGGGGAAUCAGAAGGAUAUAAGUCUUAUCUCGAUGGAAGCAUUGAGGAAGCCUUGCAAGGGCUUCUCUUAGCUCUUGAGCCACAUAAAGAGCAGUAUAAAGAGUUUCAGGACCUGGAUCAAGAAGUGAUGCAUCUAGAUGACAUCCUAAAAUGCAAGCCAGCAGUAAGCCGAAGCAGGUCCUCCAGUUUAAGUCUAACAGUUGAAAGUGCUUUAGAAAGCUUUGAUUUCCUGAACACCUCUGACUUUGAUGAUGAGGAUGGUGGUGGUGUGGAGGUUUGUAAUGGUGGAGGAGGUGCAGACUCAGUAUUUUCAGAUACUGAGAUUGAGAAGAAUAGUUACAGGACGGAGCACCCAGAAGCCAGAGGCCACCUGAGCGAAGCCCUCACCGAGGACACGGGUGUGGGCACCAGCGUGGCUGGCAGCCCCCUGCCCCUGACCACAGGCAACGACAGCCUCGACAUAACCAUAGUUAAGCACUUGCAGUAUUGCACCCAGCUGAUUCAGCAAAUUGUGUUCUCCAGUAAAACACCAUUUGUGACAAGAGACCUCCUGGAUAAGCUGUCCAGGCAGAUCCUCGUGAUGGAGAAUAUUGCGGAGAUCAGCACUGAGAACUUGGGAAACAUCACCUCUCUCACUGAUGCAAUUCCAGAGUUCCACAAGAAGCUGUCACUGCUGGCUUUCUGGAUGAAGUGUACUGGCCCUUCAGGAGUGUAUCACACCUCUGCAGACAAGAUGAUGAAGCAGUUGGAUAUCAAUUUUGCCACCACUGUGAAUGAGGAGUGUCCAGGACUUGCAGAAACAGUCUUCAGGAUCCUGGUGUCUCAGAUCCUGGACCGGACAGAGCCUGUCCUCUACUCCAGCAUGUCCUCUGAGACCAUCACUGUCUUUCAGUAUUACAACUACUUUGCCAGCCACAGUGUCAAUGACCUUGGAAGCUAUUUGCUGCAGCUUGCAAAAGAAGCAUCUGUGGUCCAGGUGCUGCAGUCAGUGAAAGAUGGAAAACUGCAGCAAAAUGUGUCCAAAAUAAACUCCAAUAACCUUCCACCACAGCAGGAAGUUUUAAGAGCUUUGGCUUUACUUCUCAAUGAAAAUAAAAAUGAAGUCAGUGAGACUGUGGCAUCGCUUCUGACAGCAACUGCAGAAAACAGGCACUUCAGGGAGAAGGCCUUGAUUUAUUACUGUGAAGCACUAACCCAGCCCAACCUCCAGCUGCAGAAAGCAGCUUGCUUGGCUCUAAGAUACCUCAAGGCUACUGAGAGCAUUAAAAUGCUGGUCACGCUCUGCCAGUCUGACAAUGAAGAGAUCAGAAAAGUGGCAUCCGAAACCCUGCUCUCCCUUGGUGAGGAUGGGAGACUGGCAUAUGAACAGCUGGACAAAUUUCCCCGGGAAUUUGUUAAAGUCGGAAGCCGCCGUGGAACUGAAGCUGCCACAGCUUUUUAGAUGGAAAAGAACCUGCUAAUAUUUAACAGGCAUUAAAGUAGGAUGGAGCUGCACUUCAGUGUGGGGAACAGAAGGAAGACUUGAAAGAAUUCCACGAGAAUGUUCCAAAAUGUAGCAAUUUACAGACUUCUUAAAGAAAAGCAAAAUGUAAAAUCCAGCUUAAGGUUUCCUAUUGGCUCCUCAUUGCAGCUCAUGAUGGAACAGUUGGAGGCUGAGGAACAAUACUUUUUUGACUGGUUCUAAACAAAUAAUGUAAUUGCAGUUAUUCACCCUCAACAGACUUCUGUGAGGUUUUUAGAAUUUGGCAUCUCAAUAUAUUUUCUAUUAUAUUUCCUUCCUUGAAGUUGUUGUGAAAGCUUGAGCCGUGUGAUACCGUACCUAACAAGGACAAUCAGGAGGCCCCCUGAGCAGGCAUGCUGAGGAGUUCUCCCUUGAAUCCCAGUGAAGUGGCUGCUGCCCUGCAGUGUCCCCUCCAGUGGCAGGAAACGCUGCUCAGCUUCCUCGAUUGUGUCUUGGUAACAAAAUACAGGGAAAGUUCUCCAAGUUCUGCCUGGAGAAACAGCGUGAUGUGAACCCUGGGAGGCGCCACUUUGGUGACUCACCCUGAAGGCCUCCGCUGGGCUUUUAUUCCCCUCUCCUGCCCUCCAGCAACAAACCAUCAUUAAUGCAGCGAUGUGUGGGGGAUCAAACAAUCAUGAAGUUUCUGAAAACUAAAUGAAAAGGUUAAGUGCGUUUAUUUAUUCUGAGAAGAAGGAGUGAAUACCACUAAUUGCACGAGUCCCCAAAAUCAUUUUGUCCUACAAGUUGCAAGCAGGAUUGGAUUUCAUACAUUCUAAUUAGUGGAGCAUAGUUCCUAUAGAGUGCUUUCAAUAUAAAGAACAGAACAAACUCAAGUGGACCUCGGAGGCAGUAAUAAACAGAGGGGGAGAAUGCACCUCCCCUCCCUGCACUGCAACGUUCAAAGACAGCGAGUGCUUCAAACUGGUGAUUACAAGCCUUAAGUUAACAGAGGAGGUGAAUAGAAUUUAAAAGAAGAGUGUUCCUGUACUGUGUUCAUUAUGCAUGAAAUGCUAUUUAGAUGUCAAUUGAAGUAUCCAAAUUUGCAUAGACGACAUAGAAAAUAUUGCAAACAGUUCACAUCAAAAGGAAACCUUGUGAGCCAAACACUUUGGCAGGCAGGGGUCAUUUGUUUUUUUUUUUACUGUGAAUGUUACAGGAAUGUACAUAUCUGUAUAUUUAUAAAUAUAUAUAUUCUUCCUUUAAUUAAAGAAGUACAUUUUGUACAGUGCAAAAUGUUUUCUUGCUUACUGAGGGAUACAGACUCUUUUUGCAGAAGGUGAAAUAGCCAUGUUAUGGUUUUUAUACUACACCUGUCCCAUCAGUUGAAUUCUUUCAAGGUGUCCUUUUGUAUCUGUUUUUUUUUUAAUUUUUUUUUCUUUUAGUUUUGUGGCAUUUGUACUCACCAUAUUUCCUGUCACAUUUAAGUUAUAAUAAAGAUUAUUUUUUAAUUACUAAGCACAUCAGUCCGUAUGUACAGUCACUCUUUCCAUCAGCAGCCUCUUCAGGCUCAUAGUUAAAGUUCAGAGCAAGCCAAUUUUGUGUAUCAUUCAAGUGCUUACCAAGAGAGGCUCCACCACGGGGACUACCAGGAAAUGUGCUGGAGAGGCUCCAGGAUUGUUACCAGACUUGCACUGAUUAACCCUCCCUUAUGUGAAGACAGACUCUCCUCAGGACAGAAGACAUUCCUUCCAUUCAUUUUUCCUUUUCAAACAUUCAGGAUUACACCUUGGGGAAUGUAGAGCUGCCUAUGGAGCAGGGAGCCAAAGGAGCAGAGAACAGGGGGCAGCUCACAUACAGAGGUGCUGCAUCACAUGGAGGGGGUAUCUCAUCUCAUCUCAUCUCAUCUCAUUCUAGUUUAAAGCCACCCUUUGAGAAGUUUAUUAGUCUAAAGUUGAUCUGCUACACCAUCACAACCAUUAAAAAUCAUGCAUUCAGUUCAAAAGAGCCAGAUAGGAAGAAGCAAAUUGUGCUCUGAAGAAAGUCAUUGAGGAAAUGCAGAGGAAUUUUAGUAUGAGCAGUUAGAUCAAACUUAGUUCCUGUUGUGGUAUGUGAGCCUGACAAGCUUGAACCUGGGAUACAGCUGUAGAGAGGCUGAGUUUCACCUGGAGCAUUAAUACCGUUUUAGAAAACUAAAUACACAAAUAACCAUCUUCUAACAGGAUUCAUGACAGCCAUGACAAAGUGAGCAGACCUUUAAGCUUCCAAAACCUGAAGGCAAAUAAAAAUGACCAAACCAUUUAUUUGUCUCAUAAAUGUUCAUGCUUGUAGAGCUGACGACGCUGCCUUUUCCUGCCCUGUUAAUGCACUCCUUUGUGGAGUAGGAAAAAGCAGAUGCACAGAGGUGAGCAUCACAAGGCUCAUGCUUACCCACUAGUAAAGCAGGAAGCAGCAGGCAUAAUUACAAAAGCUCUUAGGGCUGCAGCAGGCUAUGUGGGCAAAUUUAAAGGUCAGGGCCACACCAGGAAAGUAUGCUGGGAAAAAAUUCCCACACCCAAGUAGCUGAGCAGCAGUGCAGAUGGAAGAGAUGGGCGGCUCACCAGAGGUGCACUUGGGAAAGGGGCUUUACCUGGUAGUAAAGGGGUCCCUCCCUUGUGCUGUGGUGGUUUUUACUACCCUUGCCAUGCUGUCACUGUCUCAGCGUUUGGCCCCAUAAAUAGAAACCCCUUUAGCACCCCUAUACUACUGUAGCUACAGCAGCAGCAUGUUAGGCUGCCCAGUUUCACACUGCUACUGGCAAGGCUGUUGUAUCCAUCAGACCUUCACAAAAGUUAUCGUCUAGAGCUUCACCCUGUCCUGCAGUCUCUGAUACACAGAUUCAUGUGGACUUCAAAAUUAGGAGUCAACAGGUAUUAACUUCCAAACACUGUAGCUCAAGUGUGGCUCCCUGAGGAGAGGAUCUACAGCUUCAAACGAGGGUAGGACAGAUGUGCCCUUAAAACUGAUCACAUUUCAUUACAGGCAGUUGCCUGAACUGCUUUGUGUUAUUACAAGAAUGGAGAGAGAAAUUUGUAACACAAUAAACAUUUUUCUGCUAGAAAAAAGAUUGGUGACAAUGCAAUUCAGUCUUAAGAACACUGGAGUGCUGGAAAAGCACAGCCUUGGCAAAGUUUGCACAUCUUGUUAUUAAAUUCUCAAAUCCAGUUCUGAAAACAACCUGAGAUGGCCCUUGAGGAAAAGUAAAUGAAUAUGCACCACACAUUCUUAGAAAAAAUAACCUAUGACUACCUCCAUUACUUAUGCAGAGGUCACACCAUAAGCUGCAACACAGGACAAUGUUGCAGGCCCUCACCUAAGCAGCCCAAUGCCAAAAAGCAAGUGAGUUUCAGCUCCCCAGACAAGGAGCUAUCAUGGUCUAAUUAAUUUCUCCCCACAUUGUCUGAAGUACAAUGGGUGCUUAGCAAAAAUAACAACUUUUAUCGUAAACCAGUUAUGAGUUCUUCCUCACACUAAUAAUGCACCUGUCCCCUGGUUUGCUUGUCCCUGCACAGCUGCUUAUUCUUUAAACAUCUGACACCUGCAGGUGCCCCAGGUCCCCCGUCUUUACUCCUGCAUGGCUGAGCUCCUUCCCUGCUCAGCCAUGCACAGCCUAUGGCAGAAGUGCUAGGACACUGCAGAUACUCCCCACUUCCACACAGCCUAAGCCUGCUUCGGUGAAAGACAAGAUUGUGUCUAGACCCUCUGCAAUGAGGAGUCAACGUGCUG